AUGGCGAUGAGUCUGGGCCCUUUGUUGUUGGUCUUCGUGCUGGGUUCGGUUGCGACCCCUCCAACUCUGGCUCUGGAUGACCCCAGGUACACAAAAUUCCUGACUCAGCACUAUGAUGCCAAGCCAAAGGGCCGGGACGACAGAUACUGUGAAAAUAUGAUGAGGAGAAGAAGCCUAACCUCACCCUGCAAGGAUGUCAACACCUUUGUUCAUGGCAACAAGAACAACAUCAAGGCCAUCUGUGGAAAGAAUGGAAGCCCUUACGGAGAAAACUUCAGAAUAAGCGAAUCUCCCUUCCAGGUCACCACUUGCAGGCACACGGGAGGGUCUCCCCGGCCUCCAUGCCGGUACCGAGCCUCUUCAGGGUACAGACGUAUUGUUAUUGCCUGUGAGAAUGGCUUACCUGUCCACUUAGAUGAGUCUGUUAUCAGUCAGUAG